CUUUUUUUUUGCGUCGAUCGAUGGCUCUCCGACGCGCGGUGCAGCUCGCCGGUCUUGGCGCCGGCGCCACAGUCGCUGUCGGCGUCGCCGGCCUCUGCCUGGACGCGCCGCCGGCCGACGAUGGCAGCCCUGACUACCUCGCCAAGCACGCCCAGCACGUCGCGACCCGCGACCGCCUGCCCGCCGUGUUUUACAGCGCAGCCCGCUCUACCUUUCUCUUCUAUCCCGCAACGCUCGUCGCCAAGGUGUACCUUGGCGCUCUGAACUCGUUCUCAAUGCAGAACGAAGACGCGCUCGCCAAGUGGAUCUUAGCGCGCCCGCGCCACCGGUCGCUCAUUACAGUGACGAACCACUCAUCGACGGUCGACGAUCCGGCGCUCUUUGCACGCAUGCUGCCGUGGGCCUGUGCGAAUCCUCGGGUCUCGCGCUGGGGGCUGUGUAGCCAAGAGUAUUGCUACACCAAGGGCCCAUUGCUCUCGGCGGUCUUUUACGGCUCCAAGACACUGCCGAUCAAGCGCGGUGCGGGCAUUGACCACCCCAUGCUCCACGAUCUCUUCAAGAAAGUGCAGAUGGGCGAGUGGGUCCAUGUCUUCCCCGAAGGCAAAAUCGUCCAAGGCGGCCAUCUUGGGCAGCGCGACGAGCCAAUGCAAACUAAGAUCGGAGGGCUCAAGUGGGGUGUCGGGAAGCUCAUUGCUCGCGCAGAAGAGACGCCGAUCGUCGUACCGAUCUACCAUCUCGGUCUGGAUGCCGUUAUGCCGCAGAACGCCAACCACAAGCUCAAGAGCAUGAUCCCGACCACGGGCAACCAUGUGCAUGUGCGCGUCGGCGAGCCAAUCUACUUUGACGACCUCUUUGAAAAAUACGCAAAAGACCGCGUCCAAGGCGCCGAGGUACGUCCCAAACUCCAUUUUCUCAUGGCAUGUUGAUGAUGUAUCGAUGAAUCACUAGAGCCCGGACUUAUGGGUGUCCCAGACGUCCGAGCAUGCGCUGUACUCAGACAUUACCCGUCGCAUUGAACAGGCGCUUCUGGCUCUCGAAGCGCAGUGCUACGAGGACUUGAAAGUGCUCUCGCCGUAGUAGACGUGUAUGGCGACGAUAUACUACAAAAUAUACUCUUCUCUUGCUGCGUAA